AGGCAGCAGCCGAGGAUGGUCGGUCUCUCCAGCUCCGCCGGAAACACGCCGAGCAGUUCGCCGCUGAUGCCGCCAGGGGGCGCUCACCUGCGCGCGAACAACUGGACGUACGUGAACGGAGGCGGUCGCAUCAAGCGAUCGCAGACUCUGUCCGGAACCUACGAACUGUCAGACGACCUGCAAGCAAAGCAGAGCGUUUCCUUCGUCGGCCACCAGGUGGAGAUACUGGAGCGCAAGUACGGCGGACACCUGCGCGCUCGCCUCGCCGCCCGCGUCAUUCAGCGCGCCUACCGGCGCCACACGAUGGCGAGACAGUUCCGCAGCAUGCGCGCGGCGAAGCACGACCGCCGCCAGUCGCGCCGAUUCUACUCCAUGCAGGAGCCAAUCGCGUCGUCCGCGUCGGCGUCGGCGACGGCGCAGCCGCCAGGGAGCGCCGCCGUCGCGCUCGAGACGUGGUACAGCGAGAGCGCGUUCGUGCGCACGGAGAGCCGGCACACCGUGCGCGUGCUGGAGCGCAGCGAGCUCGUGCUGCUGCCGUCGACCGCCAGGGGACGCCGCCGCUACGACCACGCGACCGCGCGCGAGGAGGAGGAGGACGGGGAGGAGGUCGACCUUCGCUGCAAGUCGAUGUCGCUCGACCGCAACAUGAAGCUGACCGGUCCGGCGGCGUGGAUGACCGGCGGCCUGCUGCCGGCCGCGCGCGAGGACAGCACGAGUCUCCUGCUCACGGACUCGCCGCGCGCGAAAGCGGGCGUCUACGCGAUCGCCAUUCAAGGCCACGGGAGUGAGACGUCGGCGGACCACACGUCACAGGGGCUCAACGGCGAACAGACGAUCGUGCGGGUCGAAGAAACCGUAGGUGGCGCCAGCUUCGUCAGGGAGAGGGGAGAGGAGAGGACGUCGGCCGACCACACGUCACAGGUGCUCAAGGUCGAGCAGACGAUCGUCGGGUCAAAGAAACCGAAACUGGCCGCGCCUCAUCGGAGGCUGGUGUGCUACUGCCGCCUGUACGAGGUCCCCGACCCGAACAAGAAGGAGAAGCCGGGGCUUCACCAGCGAGAGAUCUUCCUCUUCAACGACAUCAUCGUCAACACCCCCUGCAUAUCAGAGAUGUCCAACGUAUACUUUGAUAGCAAUCGUCAGUUUCUGGCCAUUCAACUUAACCACGCUAACGGGUUGCGGCUGGCGCAGGCCGUGGACGGCAAAACUCUCAUCACGUUCAACUCGAAGAACGAGCAGGAUCGUGCCAAGUUCACCGAGGAUCUACGCGAGUCUAUCCUAGAGAUGAAUGAGGACGGGAGUCUGCGUAUGAGGACGAGCCUACAGAAGCACAAGAUGGCCGUCAUCACGCGCAAGGAGCACGCAUUCCAGCCGCGACUCCGGCGUCGUUGCCGACGAGGCGACGCCACGGCAACGACGACGAAAGCCAGACGGCGGAGCGGCCUGGCGGGGCGCGAGAAGCCCGGCUCCGGA